UAGGACAAAAAGGGGCUGUACCUGAUGAUACAGUAAAACAAGUUGUAAUGGAGUGGAGUGACACUGGAAUGAUUUCUCUGCCUGAUCUCUGACUGUGGUUUGGGACAGAACCAAACUACAGGGAUUUUCUCCGGACUGAACGUUUUUCACACUGAGCAGAUUUUCAACCUCGAUGUAAAGAAUUUCAGGGUCUUUGGCUCUGCAGUCAUGAGGAUCUCUUGAAAUGAAGCUCAACUGAUUCAUGACCUCAGGCUGGAAUGUUAAGAUGUUUGAGGCAACACUGACAAGAUGCUUGCAGCUCUGCAUCUCCCUGGCCAUCGUGUCCAGCAUUAAUGGCAGGGUGAUGGCUCCUCCACGGGUCGAGGCAGGAUUGGAUAAACCAUUCACCCUGAGCUGCAUGCUAUCCAAGUCUAGAGCUGAGCAGGUGAAACAGGUACGCUGGCUGGAUAUGAAGAACCAAACACUCAUUUCAUACGUGCCAGGACAGCCGGAGACUGUAAGUGGCCAGCACCAUGUGGAGCUGGGUGAAGGCCCGAAGGACUACAGCAAGGUACUAAUCAAACGUGUCAGCUCCCGAGAUGAAGGCUGCUACACCUGCAUCUUCGACGUUUAUCCCACAGGGUCAAAGGAAGGACAGACAUGUCUCACGGUCACUGCCUCAGUGGUCCCUGGUGGGAAUAAGACAGUGGUCAGAGGUAAGCAGGUGUCUCUGUCCUGUCUCUAUGGCCUGCCUGAGAAGGUGAAGCAGAUUCUGUGGCAGAAAGUGGCAGAACGUGGCAUGAUUCAGGAAGUGGCAUCUUUUGCCAAACGCAGCGAUCCUUUGAUAGAGGAGAAAUAUGCAGACCGUAUAAGUCUCACUCACACUCUAUCAGACUCCCAGCUCACCUUUUAUCCUGUGAAGACAGAGGAUGAGGGCUGCUACACCUGCCAGUUCCACACCUAUCCAGAGGGCAUCAAGACCGCCACCUCUUGCCUCACCGUGUUUGUUCUCCCCAAACCUCAAGUAAGCUACAAAACCACAUCUCCAGGUGUGAUAGAGGCGAACUGCACUGCUGUGGCUCGCCCCAAAGCUGAGAUCGUGUGGAACGUGGAGGGGGAUAACAGGACGCUGGGAGCCCCGGUGUCCACAGUCACGCAGCAGGAUGACGGGACGACACUGGUCAUCAGCACGCUGAUGGUACAGGCCAGCCUGCUGAAGGACAUAUCCGUCAAAUGUCUUGUCCACCACAAAGGCCUGGAGUCGGCCAUCGCCGUGUCGAUGAACACAAAGAUUGGAACAGCUCUGGCCAUCCUGAUCUCGGUGACUGCGGUGGCCUUCCUGCUGAUCAUCUGCAUGUGUAUCUGCCUGUGGAAGUGUGUUCUACGCAGUAAUGAAUAAAGCACCUCAGAACCACUAAAGGAGAAAGAUGAUGGGUUUCAGCUCUAAAUCAGGAUAUGGAUCAUUAAUCCUGAUGGUGGACUGGACAGACACAGGCCUGCGCUCACCUGGAGGGGCAUGACCACAGGGGUGAAGCCGGGUGGGCAGCAGUGCCAUCCCUAAAUCACACAUCUGACAGGUUAAUUACUCACAUAAAUUAUCAACCUCGCAGUUAUAAAGUUUUCAUAUCCAUAUUGUGAAGUUUCCCAUGUGAUGUUUCCAUUUAAUUUCAGCUGUUUUAAAACUUGUGCUGGUUUUUCCACCAUGCACUGAGGAACAUCACGUUACACUAACAAAUCUGUCUUUCCACAUUUUUUGUAUAAUUUCCACAUCAUACUGUUACUUUGGAAAUAACUCUGAUCUCCACCGCUGGUUAAAAAAAAAAGUUGCCAGGUGAAACCCAUUACUGAUCAUAACGGACUGCAUUGGGGAAUAAAAAUAUUUCAGUUUAUAAUAAAUUCCAACCUGCUUUAUGCUAAUGCUAGCUAAUAUUCAGUAAAACUAAUUCUACACAAUUUUUAUCUAAUAAGCGAAAUUGCAAUACAAACAUUUUAAGAACAAAUGUCUCUCAAGACAUGAACACACAUGCAAUCAAACUUUGUUUGAUUUUAUUUGAUCAGGGCUGAAGACAGAACCAAAACAAGGUGUGUUUGUGUGGGCGGAGCUAAAACGGGGCAGCUCAUUGAUUGGUCAAGCACAACGAUGACUCAUCAUCAUGAUAACAUCUGUGUAGUGUAGUGAACAUCUGCUGAAACAUUUCUGAAGGCUUUAAUAGAAAACAAGACAAUUGUGUCUUAAGAUUCAGGUUUAUUUAUUUACACUCCUCUCUAAUAAAAUCCACCUUUUUAAAGUAAUAUAUUGUUUAUUAUGUAAUAUAAAAGCAGAUCCCUGCUCACUACAUACAGUAGCACAUAACGGUGUAGUCUAUUAUUCUGUUUUGUUUUUAAUCCAUUCAACUUUUUGGAAAAUGCUUAAUGUGUCCUAAAUAUAACAGAAAUAGACCAUGCAGGCUGACAAAGUAAGUGGUAAUGUUGUCUUCUUUGUCAAAUAAAAUUUGAUGCAAUAUAAAAAACGUCAGCAGUGGAGCAUUGAAAUAAAUCUAAAAGUAUUAGAAGGUCUAUUUUAUCACCAUUGUACGGCUGCAUGUUUACAGUUAGUUGUAUUCAUUAUAAUUAUUGUUUUAAUUUAACAAAAGUUUUUACACACAACGUCUAGCAGCACGUCCAGUAGAAUAGCACUUGAUCCAGCAUAGUGUGUUUAUAUUACAUUGAUUUGGAGUCAUGCGUAUUGAAGCUACUAUUUAUAUUACUACUUAUAUAUUAAAUCGGGGUCAUGAAAUCGGAAGGUGUGGAGGAUGUAAUAACUUUAUCAAACUUAUUUACUUAAAUAAAAUUUACUCCACAAAAAUAAGCCAUGUCUCUUAUAUAGACACAUCUCCUUCAAUGUCUUAUUGUUAGAUAGACUCCACCCACAUCCGUUUGACCCUCGGGUAACUCCUAAACAGCGACGUCUGAAGUUUAAAUUCUUAUUAGAGUUAAGGGCCUUGCUCAGGGGCCCUGCAGUAGCAGCUUGAUGGUCCUGGGAUUUGAACUCACAACUUUCUGAUCACUCAACAAUUUAAUGAUGAACCUUUUUUUAGUACUGAAAAAAAAAAACAUAAAAUAUAUAUAUUUAAUAUCACACAUUUUUAUCACCUCAAACGUUACACAAAUCCUUCAUUAAAAUCUAAUACUUUUAUAUCAUGUGUAUGUAUUUGUAGGUACUUUAUUUAAAAAGAGUUACAGAAUAUUCUUAACGUUUUUCUGCGUUUUAUUUUGAUCUCGUCAUCAGAGUUCAUCUGAAGCUCUAGAUGAAGAUGUGAUUAUUCCAAAUUUCUGCGACAGACAUUUUCAAAUUAAGCUGCUUUUAAUUUGUAGAUACACCAAGACUAAAUGUUUGAUGGAUAUGGAGUGGAAAUAUUUAAUAAG